GACCCGGGCACGGCUCAAUUUUCCGUUCGAGAGGCGAUCCUUUCCGCCUUUCUGCUGUUUUUCGCGGCCGCCGCAUGUCGCGCGAUCGGUGCCGCCGCCUCGGCUGCCCUCGUCGCCGCCGGCGCAGCCCUGGGCGCGGGCCUCGUGCUGCUGCGCGGCCUCCGCGAGCGCCGGGGCAGGCUGCGCCGGAACGCGGCGGCGCUGCCGCCCGCCUACGCGCAGCUCGCUGCGGACCCGGCGGUGCGGCGCGUCUACAUGUCGGGGGUGGGAGGAGCCGGCGUGGCGCGCGGCCAAGGGCUGGCAGGGGACCGACUACGUCCGGCUGCGCUGCCGCGCAACGCCCGCCAGCUACACG